AUGGCGACCAACCUUCCUCGUCUGGCUUCACUCUUUCGUUCUGCCCCCAGAACCCUCGGCGGAGUGAGGAAACCCCUCAUCUGCACCCCCGCAUUACGGACCCUCGCGACAAAACAUCCCAAUGGCUUCGUUCCACCUACAGAGGACGAGCUGCUAGAGCUCCGAGAGCGCGUGCAAGAGUUUACCAGACGUGAAAUCCCGGAAGAAGUCGCUGCCCGCACAGACGCCCAGAAUGAGUUUCCCGCAGACAUGUGGAAGAAAUUAGGGGACGCAGGGUUCCUCGGGGUGACCGCGAAUGAGGAGUACGGAGGUCUGGGAAUGGGUUACCAAGCCCAUUGUGUAGUCAUGGAGGAGAUCAGCCGCGCAUCAGGCAGCAUAGCAUUGUCAUAUGCCGCUCACUCCCAGCUCUGCGUGAAUCAACUUUCCCUCAAUGGAUCCCCCGACCAGAAAGCGCGAUUCCUCCCUGGCCUUCUAUCCGGUGACAAGAUUGGUGCUCUGGCAAUGUCGGAGCAUUCCGCUGGUUCUGAUGUCGUGAGUAUGAAGACCAACGCGAAGGCAGUCGAUGGGGGCUAUGUGUUGAACGGGACAAAGAUGUGGAUUACGAAUGGCCCUGAUGCGGAUUACAUUGUGGUCUAUGCCAAGACAGAACCGGAGAAAGGUUCAAAGGGGAUCACCGCCUUUGUUGUCGAGAAGACAUUCGACGGCUUCUCCUGUGCGCGGAAGUUGGACAAGCUCGGAAUGCGUGGCUCGAAUACUGGAGAACUUAUCUUUGAUAAUGUGUUCGUACCCAAGGAGAACAUUCUCGGAGAAGUAAACCGGGGUGUCAAGGUCUUGAUGGAGGGACUCGACCUGGAGCGUCUGGUUCUCAGUGCUGGUCCACUGGGAAUCAUGCAAGCCGCUCUCGAUCUCGUGCUUCCUUAUACGCACGUUCGCAAGCAGUUUGGAACGCCCAUCGCCCAUAACCAGCUGAUUCAGGGUAAGUUGGCAGACAUGUACACAAAGCUUGCGGCGUCGCGGGCAUACACAUAUGCUACAGCGCGCCAAAUCGAUAACUCGGCCUCGUCCGGAGUCGUCAUCCGUACCCAGGACUGUGCAGGGGCUAUCCUGUACGCUGCCGAGAGGGCGACGGAAUGCGCUCUCGAUGCCAUCCAGCUGAUGGGCGGAAACGGCUACAUCAAUGAGAUCCCCGCGGGAAGACUCCUCAGAGAUGCGAAGUUGUACGAAAUCGGUGCCGGAACCAGCGAGAUCAGACGGAUGGUAAUCGGGCGUGCGUUCAAUAAAGAAUAUGCAUAG